UCGCCGUCACCUCUCUCGUCACACAUCUAUCUCCAUCUCCUCACGCACGCGUCAUGCGCCUCUCCCUCGCGCUCAUCGCGCUCUCGCUCACCGGCGCGCUCGGCGCCGGCGCGCCCCCACCCACCCUUGUGACGGACAUGGUCGAGAAGCGCACGAAGCUCAAGACGCACUCGAUGUACGCGCCGUACGUCGACAGCGACCUGCAGAACCGGUGGUGGGAUUUCGGCGGAGACACCAUCAUCAAUACGAACAAGCAUGUGCGGCUCACGCAGGAUAAGGCGAGCCAGAGCGGGUGGCUCUGGAGUCGGCUGCCGCUCGCUGUGCCGAACUGGCAGAUUGAAUUCGAGUUCCAUGUCGACGGCAAGGGUAUGUCCAUGUACGGCGACGGGUUCGCGUUGUGGGUCACGCGAGACCGCGCGACGCCAGGACCAGUGUUCGGCAACCAGGACCACUUCACGGGCCUCGCGGUCUUCUUCGACACAUACGCCAACAGCCGGCACGGCUACUCCUUCCCACGGAUCACGGCGAUGCUGGGCGACGGGCGCACGCCCGCGGACCUCGAAGGAGACAACGCGCGCAACGAGCUGGCGGCGUGCAGCAAGAACUUCCGCCGCCGCAACGUCGCGACCAAGGCGCGCCUGACAUACGUCAAGGGCAAGGGGCUGCGGCUCGAGACCCAGUUUGACGAGUGGGACAAGUGGGACGUGUGCUUCGACGCGCCAAACGUCGAGCUGCCGUCGUCGCCGUUCAUCGGGUUCACGGCGCUCACGGGCGAUGUCGCGGACAACCACGACAUCGUCGGCGUCUCGACGUACUCGGCAACGCUGUAUGAGAAGUACCGCCCCGCGCAGAAUGUCGGCGUCGGCGCACCGCCGAUGCAGAAGCCGCUCGCGCAGACUCGCGACCACCUCAGCGGCGGCAGGGCACCCGUCAAGACCGGCGGCGCCGCCGGGUGGUUCCUCUUCAUCCUCAAGCUUAUUGGCGUCGCUGCGUUUGUCGCGUUCGCCGUGGCUGCCUACCGCACAUAUUCGGCCCAGCAGAGCAGGCGGCCCGCGUACUACUAACGAUCUCGUAGAAUAUGCACGACUGCACGAUGCCGUAAAGCGUUAGUAC